GCCACAGAUUCAGCUCAGCUUGGUAGGCUAGGAAGUGAAACCUUGGUAGUACAGGAGAAGCCGAGCCCUCUCUUCUCCGAUGGGUCAGGCUCCCCAUGGCGCAGCCGCUUCACUAGACCUGUCCCUCACGCUUGCCCCCAUGAGACCACCACCAGCACCGCCAUCCCCCUCCUUUUGGGCUGAAGGAGACGCCGCUGCCGGCCACAGCGGCCAUGGUGGCCAUGACGGCGAAGCGAGAUCAAGGCGGCUGUUCUCGUGCCUCUUCUGCGACAAGAAGUUCCUCAAGUCUCAGGCGUUGGGGGGCCACCAGAAUGUGCACAAGAAGGAGCGGGCGGGCAGCUGGAACCCCCACCUCUACCUCCAAUCCGACCACGGCGACCGGCCGGCCGCCGCACCGGCCAAGGCACCGGCGAUAUGGCCAAACGCGCGCCUUGACGACGACGGCGAGAAGCAGUUGCAGCAGCUUGAUCUCAACCUUAAGCUUUAAUUAGCUAACUCGUGUGUACGUUUUUACUAUCUUCCUUUCCAUCUUAUCCUCCUCGAACUAGCUAGUGUGUGCGCUGCGCGCACUAAACGUAUUCGGAUGCAGGCACGCAUUGUGGUCAUGUACUGUACAUAUACUUUGGUUUGUAUUACCUAUGGU